GUACGGUCUGGCUGCUGUCACCCUACUGCCAAGAUGGCGGCCCCCAGGAGCUGCGCUCUAUGGAGCUAUUGCGGUCGUAGGUGGUCGCGGCUGAUGCGGUGCUGCGAGCUCCCCGGGCUUCGUAGCUCCUGGCCUGGGGGUCCGCUGGGUGCGCGGCAAUUAUCCCAAGAGAAGCAGGCAACGGAAACACACUUCGGAUUUGAGACUGUGUCGGAGGAAGAGAAGGGGGGCAAAGUCUAUCAUGUGUUUGAAAGUGUGGCCAAGAAGUAUGAUGUGAUGAAUGAUAUGAUGAGCCUUGGUAUCCACCGUAUUUGGAAGGAUUUGCUGCUCUGUAAGAUGCGCCCGUUUCCUGGGACCCAGCUGCUCGAUGUUGCUGGAGGCACAGGUGACAUUGCAUUCCGGUUCCUUAAUUAUGUUCAGGCACAGCAUAAGGGAAAGCAGAAGAGGCAGUUACGGGCCCAGCAAAAUUUAUCCUGGGAAGAAAUUGCCAAAAAGUACCAAAACGAAGAGGACCCCUUGGGCGGUUCCCGGGUUGUGGUCUGUGACAUCAACAAGGAGAUGCUAAAGAUUGGAAAGCAGAAAGCCCAUGCUCGGGGAUACAAAGCUGGACUUGCUUGGGUAUUGGGAGAUGCUGAAGAACUGCCCUUUGAUGAUGACAAGUUUGAUGUUUACACUAUUGCCUUUGGGAUCCGGAAUGUCACACACAUUGAUCAGGCACUCCAGGAAGCCCAUCGAGUCCUGAAGCCAGGAGGACGGUUUCUCUGUCUGGAGUUUAGCCAAGUGAACAAUCCCCUCAUUUCCAGUCUUUAUGAUCUGUAUAGCUUCCAGGUCAUUCCUGUCCUGGGAGAAGUCAUCGCAGGAGAUUGGAAGUCCUACCAAUACCUUGUAGAGAGUAUCCGACAGUUCCCACCUCAGGAGGAGUUCAAAGAGAUGAUAGAGGAUGCGGGUUUUGAGAAAGUGACUUACGAAAGUCUCACAUCAGGCAUUGUGGCCAUUCACUCUGGCUUCAAACUGUAACUCCUUUGCUGUUCUGGAGUGUGUACCAGUCACAUCCAGUCGAAAGCCUGGAAGUAAAGGAAGUGAGACCAGUAGCAGAACAUCUCCUCUUAAGGAGGUGGGCCUUGGACUCAUGUUCUGAUGUGACCAAUCUCCAAGUGGAAGAACCAGAUUCCUGUCACUUUGUUGCAACUUUCAUUGGGAGCUGCUUCAGGCCUUCUCCCAGAGGUAUUUGGUCUAUAUUUUGUGCUCAACUCCUGCUAAUUUUUCUUGGCCGUGCAGUGUG